AUGGAUCAGGAGUACAAGGCACUCACCUCGGUGUUUUCUGCACACAAUGGGUACAAGUCGUGGGCCACAAAGCGCAUAGUGGCCAGCAGACGGCUCAAAUACGCCAGUCUGACCGCAUCGGAGAAAAAUCUGUUGCCCUGGAUGGAGAGCCACAUCGACUAUCUGGAACACUCCAUCGACCUCAAUUCGCAGUUUCUGCAGCAGAUCGCCACCACCGUGGCGCCUAUCUGGGGCGCAGAGUCAGACCCCGGCGUCUGGGCAGAAUGCUCAGGCCAGGACCUGGAAAAUGUGCGCAGCGUUCUGGUCCAGUUUGCUAGAGAAUGGUCGUCCGACGGAGAGCAAGAAAGAGACAUCUCGUUUGGCCGUAUCUUGCGAGAGUGCGAGUCGCUGUUUCCGGACGUCGAGGCUCGCCAGAACGUGGAAGUGCUCGUUCCAGGAGCCGGUCUUGGCAGACUGGUGAUCGAGUUCGUCAAAAGAGGUUUCCGGACUCAAGGCAACGAGUUUUCUUACCACAUGCUGACAAAUUCCAGUUUCAUCAUAAACCACUCCUUCUGUGCAAACAAUUACGUCAUCUGUCCGUAUGUACACCGGAGCACCAACGUCGCGAAACGUUCCGACCAGGUUCGCCAGAUAUAUGUCCCCGACUACAAUCCAGGCGAUAUCUCGUUGAUCAACCACGAUUACCCCAACAUCCCAGUUGCCGACCUCAUGUCUAUUGUGGCCGGAUCCUUUGUGGACCUGUAUGGCCCGCCAAAUCUGGAGAGGGUCAGCGACGUGUACACCACAGACGAACAGGCACAAGAGUUUCGGGUGCAAAAUAAGGGCAAGUUCCAAGUGGUUGCAACUUGUUUUUUCCUUGACACCGCAGCUAACAUCAUCGAGUAUUUGCAAGCAAUUCACCAUUGUUUAGCAGACGAUGGAUAUUGGAUCAAUUUCGGGCCUCUUUUGUGGCACCACGAGGACGAUGAGACCGUCACGAUGUUUUCGCGCAAAGAUGACGAUGGUGAAUGGAAACAGGUUCCUACUCCAGCGCGGGGCUUGGAGCUUUCAAGAGACGACUUGGUAGAUUUGGUGAAAGACACAGGAUUCGAGUUUACCAAGCACGAGUCUGGAAUAGAGGCCACAUACGGUGGAGACCCGCGAUCUUUAGGCGGAUUCAGAUACAAGAGCGAGUUCUGGGUCGCCAAGAAAAAACAGGUUUGA